AACUGAUUAUUACGUGGUGAACCGCACCAACAACUUUGGAAAUGUGACCCGUGAGAAGGUACCCAUCAGCACUGAGAUUGAAGGGAUGAACAUUUUAGGAUUGGUCCUUUUUGCCCUGAUGCUUGGGGUGGCCCUAAAGAAGCUAGGCUCUGAGGGAGAAGAGCUCAUCCGUUUCUUCAAUUCCUUCAAUGAGGCAACAAUGGUGCUGGUGUCGUGGAUCAUGUGGUAUGUCCCUGUGGGCAUUAUGUUCCUGGUUGGAAGCAAGAUUGUGGAAAUGAAGGACAUUGUCGUGUUAGUGACCAGCCUUGGGAAAUACAUCUUUGCAUCCAUAUUGGGCCACAUUAUUCAUGGAGGAAUUAUUCUGCCACUAGUUUAUUUUGCUUUCACACGCAAAAACCCAUUCAAAUUCCUCCUGGGCCUCCUCACACCAUUUGCGACAGCAUUUGCUACCUGCUCCAGUUCAGCAACCCUGCCUUCUAUGAUAAAGUGCAUUGAAGAAAACAAUGGUGUGGACAAGAGGAUCAGCAGGUUCAUUCUCCCCAUUGGGGCCACUGUGAACAUGGAUGGAGCAGCCAUUUUCCAGUGUGUGGCUGCAGUGUUCAUCGCCCAGCUCAACAACUUUGAGCUGAAUGCAGGACAGAUUUUCACAAUUCUCGUGACGGCCACGGCAUCCAGCGUUGGAGCAGCAGGUGUGCCAGCUGGAGGGGUCCUCACUAUCGCCAUCAUCCUGGAGGCCAUCGGGCUGCCCACUCAUGACCUCUCUCUGAUCCUUGCUGUGGACUGGAUUGUGGACAGGACCACCACCGUGGUGAAUGUAGAGGGGGAUGCCCUGGGAGCCGGCAUCCUCCACCACCUGAAUCAGAAGGCAAUGAAGAAGGACGAGCAGGAGCUGAGAGAAGUGAAGGUAGAAGCCAUCCCCAAUUGCAAGGCUGAGGAGGAGACGUCGCCUCUGGUGACACACCAGAACCCCGCUGGCCCUGGAGCCAGUGCCCCAGAACUGGAAUCCAAAGAGUCAGUGCUGUGAAGGAGCUGGGCCGAGGGCCCGGUUGGCCAGCCCACUUAGACAUGGGCACAGCCUUCGUGGACUUUGCGUCUCCUGAGCAAUUCUGUGGCCCAGUCACCAGUUUAAUGAUGACUUUUCAGCCCAGGCGUUGGGCUCCCUAGUGGGAACUGGUGACCAAGGACCAGGACACUCUGACAUUUGGCUUCUUCCAUGUCCACGCAUAGCUGUGGAUGCCCCAAGGCUCUGUGUGGAAAUACCUCCUUGAGCUGCCCACUUGGAAGGAUUCUGGGCUGGUGGGAGUCUGUGGGUGGAGAUGGAGAAAACACACAUGUAUUCUCCAUUGCCCCAGCAGCUCUGCAUCAGGUGCUUUCUGGGCAAACCCUGGGGAUUUUCGUUCACCUGUCCUAUUGUCUCCCAAAAAGUAGUCAUUGGAGAAAUUACCAAAUUCUCAUCCUUGGCUGGAAUUUGCUGAGCUGGGACUCGGGUAUUUAAAGGAUUGUAUUCCAGCUAAAUGUUUGUGGCUUCUAGAGGACCAGAAGUGCUGCCAAUGUCUUUAGAAAUACUCUGGUUGGCAUCAGCACAGCUGGGUCUACAGUCAGGAGCAUUAAGUAAACCAUUUAAGUUCUGAGGUCCAGAGGGGAUUGCUCACUUGGGAAAGAUACACACUGUUGUCCUCAUUCCCUUCCCAGUCCUGGAGUACUUGUGUACUUCUGGGCCCUGGACUCUGUUAACAUUUCACCUUUAUGUCUAACCACUAGGAUUUGGCCAGAGGACCACAUCUUCUGGGGAGAGAUGAUGAGGUUACAUGACCUAUGUGGGUGUAUGAAUCUAUUAUAAUUUGAUGAGAAUCCUUAAAACACAUGCUAAAACAAAAUUACAAAAACAACCCUUCCAAAAGGAACCCAUGUACUAAAUAUGGUGCCCCAUUCCCAGACUCCUGAGCUUUAGCUGAUUUCCAUCAAUGUGGACUUCUUUCAUUAAGAAGUUUAUUAAUGAAAUGGUCCACAUGCCUCCAGCACCAGGCAGCCCAGUGUUAGUCUAGUGGGGGGGGGGGAAGCCUUUAGAACUUGAAAUCUGCUAUUUACUUAGUGAGGCUGUUGAUAACAUUUACGGUAUGACCUGCAGCAAGUCCUGUGCCGAUGUCACCUGCCUCUUACCUACCUCAGAGAGAUCUGGUGAGGCAAACUGCAAAUCUGUGAGAAGGACAACCUUACCAGGCACUUCUUUUUUU